AUGGGGAGGGCCGGGGGAAGGGCCGUCGCUGCUCGCGUUACGCUUCCAGAGCCUGCGGCAGAGGCGGCGGGUCUGAGCCGCGGCGGGGAUGGAGCCGGUGCCAGCCUCUGCAUCUCUCCUCGCAGCCCGGGCGUCGCCUCUCCUCGCCGAGCCGCAGCGCCCCUCAGGCCGCGCAGGGCGGGCCAGGCGCUGCUGCUCAGCCUGGGCAGCGGGCCGGGGGCCGCGGCGGCGCCGGGGGCGCUGGACCUGGCGCUGCAGUACGUGCUGGCGCUCUACCACUGCCAAGUGUUCCUGAAGCGCUUCCUGCGCCUGCGGUACCGGCGGCAGCGGCGGCAGCAGCAGCUGAGGGGCGCGCUACCUACCCCUCCGGGCGCCCGGGCCCCUGUGGCGGCCGGUGCCAGGCGACGACGACUCCGCGGCCCCAGAGGCACAGGGGGAGUCCCCAGCCAGGGGCUGCCGGACCCGCUCCGCUUUCUUUUCUUCGGAAUGCACGGCUUCCUGGAUGAGAUCUUCUUCACCUUCUUCUUUAACGUGCUCGGGCAGGGGCACGGGGCCACCAUUGGCCACACGUCGCUCUGGUCCUUCUUUAUGUACGGCAGCUGCAGUUACGUGGUUGAAAAGCUCUACUUCCACCUCCACUACAGCCGCGGUUGGGGUACCUGGAAGCGGGUGCCCGUCUACGUGAUCUUCAUCUACGCCUGGGAGCUGUCCUGGGGUCUGGGACUCCGCAUGUGCGGGGCUUGUUCCUGGGACUAUUCCCACUACCCGCUCAAUUUCAUGGGCCUCAUCACCCUGAUGUAUUUACCUGGUUGGAUAUUCCUUAGUGUGUACCAGGACCUACUUUCCAACGUGUUGUGGCGAGUGCAGUACGUGCCGACUAACUAAGACCCAAAAAAGAAAGAGAAAGAAAAGGUCUCUGGAUUCCCACG